CAACAAAAAGAAAGAUGUGUAGAAGCAGCUUAUAGGGAUCGAACCAAAACAAUGGAGAAAAACUCUUUUAAUUAAGUUUAUCCGGACCCGGUAUGGAUGAUAAGUAUAAUUUUUCAUUGAGAAAACUUAAAAUGAAAAAAUAUCAUUUGAUUAAAUCUUUAAAAGUACGACCUUUUUUCAAAGCGGAAAGUUUUGUAAUUCAUAAACAUUAUCUAAUUUUUAUUAUAAUAAGUUUUGUGAUAAUAUUUGUGUAUACGUGUCCUUCGAUAUAUAAUUCAAUAUGUUUCUAUCCUUUCAAUUCCUCUAAAUCAUUAUGCCAUUUCUACAUUUACAAUAGAACUUAUCCUAUAACGAAUCCUGUCAGAUUGGCUAAUGGUAUUUCUUAUAAAAUAGCAAUUAUUAGUGAUCUUGAUAAACGAUCAAAAGAUUCUCGAAACACAAAUCUUUGGUAUAGUAUUAUGAAGACAGGACACCUUUUGUGGGUACAUGAGUCAAAUGAAAUACUUGUGACAUGGGAUGAGCAAGACAUUAUUCUUUCUUCAUCUUUGUCAAUGCAGGGACGUGGAAUGGAAUUUUCAGAAUUGGUGACCUUUGAUGGACGUCUUUUAACAUUUGAUGACCGAACUGGAAUAGUUUAUUCAAUUGACAAAGAUCAAAUAUAUCCUUGGGUUAUUCUCAUGGAUGGCAAUGGAAAAAACGUCAAAGGUUUUAAAAGUGAGUGGGCAGCUGUCAAAAAUGAUCAACUUUAUGUUGGCAGCAUGGGUAAAGAAUGGACAACGAGUUCAGGUGAAUGGGAAAAUAAUAAUCCUUUUUGGAUAAAAGUAAUUUCACCUCAAGGAGAAGUUCGAUCUAUUAACUGGAGUAAUAAUUACAAAAAAUUAAGACAUGCGAUCAACAUUGAUUUUCCAGGCUACAUGAUUCAUGAGUCAGGUUUAUGGAGUGAUGUGCAUAAUUCUUGGUUUUUUCUACCACGCAGAUGCUCAACUCAUAAAUAUAACGAAACAUUAGAUGAAAUAAGAAGUUGUAAUGUAUUACUUAGAGCUGAUGAAAAUUUUUCCAAUAUUAGGGUAAUCAAUAUUGGAGCAGUGACACCAACCAAAGGAUUUUCGAGUUUCAAAUUUUUACCUGGAUCUCAUGAAAAUAUUAUUAUAUCUUUAAAAUCUGAGGAAUAUCAGAAUCGAAUGGCUACUUAUAUUAUGGGUUUUACAGUUGAUGGAGACAUUGUUAUGCCUGAACUAAAGAUAACAUCAGAGAAAUUUGAAGGAUUUGAAUUUGUAUAAAAUUGUAUAAAUUUCUUAAUAAUAAAUUUUUAUAUUAA